AUGGCCACUCUCAAUCACACCAGAUUCACUCUCGUAAGCUGCGCCUUGGUCGGCAUCCCAGGCAUGGAGGCCUCUCACAGCUGGAUCUCCAUCCCCUUCUGCUCCAUUUACACGACCGCCCUGCUGGGGAAUGGCCUCCUGCUCUUCAUUAUCAUCGAAGAGCAGAGCCUGCACGAGCCCAUGGACCUGUUCCUGGCCAUGCUGGCAGUAGCUGAUGUUCUGCUCUCUACCUCCACAAUGCCCAAAACGCUCAGCAUAUUCUGGUUCAACGCCCGGGAAAUCGCUUUCAGUGCCUGCUUUACCCAGAUGUUCAUUAUCCAUUUUAUUUUCGUUGCAGAGUUGGCCAUCCUGCUGGCCAUGGCGUUCGAUCGAUACGUCGCCAGCUGCGACCCCCUGAGAUACACCACCAUACUAACGCACUCAAAGAUAGGGAAAAUCGCGGCGGCAGCUGUCAUCAGAGGGGUUUGCCUGGUGGGCUCCCUUACCUACAUUCUGAUCCUCCAGGCCGUCUUCCGGCUCCCGUCCAAAGAUGCCCGGCUCAAGGCUCUGGGCACCUGCAGCUCCCACAUCUGUGUCAUAUUGAUGUUUUACAUUCCUGCCUUUUUCUCAAUCUUCGCAUAUCGCUUUGCUGGAGCUAACAUCCCUCACUAUAUUCACGUCCUGCUGGCCAAUGGCUUUGUAAUCGUUCCUCCCAUGUUAAAUCCCAUCGUGUAUGGGAUGAGAACCAGACAGAUUUGGGAACGAGUGAUUCACGAGCUCAGCAAGACGGGCAAAUGCUUCUGA